GGGCGGGUACGUGAGCACUGAGUGAGGUUGGCUGAGAAUGAGAGAGUGUGUGAAAGGGAAACUGUUGGAGACGGACCGGGAGGAUUAAGUGUUAACACAAUAUCGCCCUAUAAAGGAACUUCCUGAAGGAGAUUCAGGCUUUCUUUAGGCUUUCUCUACGACUUGGUGAUUGGAUUUUACUGGUUUGUCUGACUACGGAUAAACCUAAAGACGUUGCAGGACUUCUGCUUGAUCAACAGGCCUAUUCUAUUCAGUAGCAGACGGAAUACAAUACAACUACAGUUCAUUUACAACUAUUUAGGAGUUAAAAUGGCGGGGAAAAUCCUCCUCCUUAUACUGGAGUUAUUGUUUAUGCUCAAGGGUGUCUCUCUCUGCCGAGAUGAAAGCCGAGGUGAUGGCCGCAGUGAUGACCCUGGGACAGAAGAAGACGAGUGUGAACAGAAUGUCGGUAUAUGUGGAAACCACUCCAUAUGCAUCAACACUCUGGGGAGUUUCUGCUGCAAGUGUAUGACUGGGUACAAGGAGUUGGAAAAUAGGCCUGACUUCACCUACGACGGACAGUGUGUGGAUAUCAACGAGUGCUUGGAAAUUGGGAACAUCUGUGGUCCCAAUGCCGACUGUAGCAACUCCAUCGGAAACUACACCUGCACCUGUCUCUCAGGAUAUGCUAAGCAGGAUGCUACGAGUCCCUCGUGCAUUGACAUUGACGAAUGUGAGGAUGGUGCAAAGCCAAAUGAAGGUGUUUGUGGCAUUAAUGGCACUUGUAGAAAUACCAACGGGAGCUUCUGGUGUGAGUGUCCAACCGGCUUCACUACCUAUGGCAACGAAGGGACUCCAUGUUCGGAGCUGAAAUGUGACCAGUUCGAGGGUCCCGUUGCAGCGUCAGCGCAGCCUUAUGGAGGUCUGGCAGAAAUCUUGUCCCAAUUGAAGAGUAGCUGUUUAGCGCUGGCCCGACCGGACCAGUAUGGGAACAAGAGCACUGGACCCACGGUGCUCCUCAAUAGCCUCUUCGACCUGACAGCGGACGUCCUGUCCAGCAACCAUACGGGCGACAGUGUGGCGGCCGUGAGCAGCCUGCUCAGCGCAGUGGAGGACUCCAUCAAACUCAUCGGCCCCCAACUCACUGAGGACCAAACCAGCAUGAACACAAGCCAGACAGAGACGAAGAUCACGGUGUGGAAGAAGACGACUCCCCCGAGCGGGCCGGUGCGCCUGACCAACACCAACGCCAACAUGGAGGCGGACUGGAGCACGGCCAUCGGGAACGGAACCUACCCUGGUUUCGCGCUCGCUGCUCUGGUGAGUUAUAAGAACCUGGAGACCAUGCUGAACCAGUCCUUUGAGCAGAUAACCUUACCCGAAAAGAACGACAGGAAGCCCAGCUACCAGCUCUUCUCCAAGGUGGUGUCGGCGUUGGUCUCCAACCCUGACACACAGCACCUAGACAAGCCUGUCAUUCUCACCCUACGACACCUGAAGGAGCUGAAUGAGUCCGCUGAGGUGAGCUACACCUGUGCCUAUUGGAAGGCUGCGGGAGGCGGGCUGCAGGGGAAGGAGGAGGAGGGCGGGGCCUGGUCCACCCACGGCUGCACCCAGGUCUCCUCCAACGCCUCCCACACCGUCUGCAGCUGCACCCAUCUCAGCAGCUUCGCCGUUCUCAUGGCCCUCUACCCCGUCAACCACACCUUUGGCCUCAUGCUGCUGACCAAGCUGUGCCUGGUCGUCUCCCUGCUAUGUCUGCUCCUGUGCAUCCUCACCUUCAUGUUCUGCCGCUCCAUCAAGGGCACCCGCACCACCAUCCACCUUCACCUCUGCAUCUGCCUCUUCCUGGCCGACCUCGUCUUCCUCGCAGGCAUCUCCAAGACCCAACCCCAGGGUGGAUGUCGGUUGGUGGCAGGCCUGCUCCACCUCUUCUUCCUGGGGGCGUUCAGCUGGAUGCUGCUGGAGGGCGUGCAGCUCUACCGGAUGGUGGUGUUGGUGUUCAACACCACCAUCCGACCGCGCUACCUAUACACCGUGGGCUACGGGACGCCCCUCGUCAUCGUCAUCAUCUCGGCCAUCAGCAGACCCACGGGAUACGGCACUGACCAAUACUGCUGGCUGACGACAGAGCAGGGCCUCAUCUGGAGCUUCUUCGGGCCGGUGUGUGUCGUCAUUGGCCUCAACGUGUUCUUCUUCAGCAUCACCAUCUGGAAGCUGGCCCAGAAGUUCUCCAGCCUCAACCCUGACCUCACCCACCUGCCCAAAAUACGAGCCUUUACAAUCACGGCUAUAGCUCAGCUGUGUGUGCUGGGCCUGAUGUGGCUCUCUGGGGUCUUCCUCUUUAAGGAGGGGGACUUGGCGGCCGCAUACAUAUUCACCAUCCUGAACGGCCUACAGGGGGCGCUGAUAUUCCUCCUGAACUGUCUGCUGUCAAAGCAGGUGAGAGACGAGUAUGGCAAAUUAUUGUCCUGUAUCUGUCCACAAACCACAAAGAAGUACUCGGGCUUCGGCAGUACAAUCAGAUCCAGUCAGUCACAGGCGUCCCGGAGUGGUCCACCCACAAGCGAAUCAAACAUAUGAAGAAUCCUCAUACACACGGCUCCCCCUGCUCUGUCUGGGGUAUCAUUUGGUCUAUGAAUGGCACAAGAACGGAGCAACGAAAUGCGUUUAAUUCAGGGACAAUAACAAUAGUGGUACUAUUAGUACCUUACAUGGAGAAUUUGUAAGCUGUAAGUUUAACGUUGGAAAUAUAUUGUAUAUAUUUAUUUUAGGAAUUCUUUGGACCAAAGCUCUGGGUGAGAUUCAACGGAUGAACGCCCACUAUAGGUCAUGUCAUCGUUUUCGACUUUGGUUUGAGGAAAAGAUGGCCUAUUAUUCAACCCCUUUUUAGAGUCUUUUGUGUACGUUUAUGUAAUGAGGUCCAGUAAUUUAUAGUCAGUUUACAUUACGUGUAAAAGUGAAAAUGUAGGAUCUCCGUCACGUAAUUUUGUUGUCAUUACUUUGGUGAACAAACUACAUAAGUAGGGCUGCUACACGCAUCUGAAAGAAAAUCCAGGCACUCUACAGAGGUGAAGCCAAUGUUCACACUCCAAAUUUAUAUCCACUCUGACCAUCUAAGCUGAGCAGUUAUUAAAAUAUCGAUCUAUGAUGUUUGGAGUAAAAUAAUCUUACGCCUCAAAAACUGUUGUCUUCACCCAUUGCUAAUACUAUUGCACUUUUAUUAUUUUUAUUUUAUAAAAUGAAGUACUUUGACAACCAACAAAAUGUAUUUGAAUGUAGCUAUGCAAUCUCUAUUCUAUUUUUAUACUUAUGGAUGUUAGGCCUAUUAGGCCUAUCAUGUGAAUACGCGUUUGCUUUACUUUGCUAUUGAGCUGAAUAAAGAAUAUUUUCACCUUUUGCACACAUUGACUUCCAUGGAAUUUCUAAUGUUUCUAAUGUUUGUAAGAUUCAAUCCAAUGGGUUCGUAAGGCCUAUAAUACGCCUCCUGGUUUCACAUGUAUUAUGUUUAAAUUAAAACCAAAGUUCAAAAAUAGUAAUUACAGAAAUAGAAAUGCUAUGUAUUUGGUAAAGAUAUUAAUAGCAAUAGCUAAUUAAUUGUUACAGGCAAGUGGUAACUGUCUCUUGUUUAUUGACACACCUCUCUCAGGGAUAAAAUGUGCUAUUUGGCUCCGACAACCUCCCCUCCGACAGCAUUAUGGCAGGACCUGCGCUCGAUCAACUUUCUUGUAUAGAGGAAUUCCUAUUGGCUCUGUGCAACAAGUCAAGAUUGAAAAAGAAAAUAAUAUUUGUUGCACAGCUGAACGCUGUAUCACAUCAUCAUGAGCUGGCUGUUCCCAAUUCACAACACGCAUCAAAAAUAACCUACAUCAGGAGUUCUGACCAAAACUCAUGAACUCCCCCCCACAAUUAUUCCAGAAUUCAAGCAAAGCAAGAAUGACCAAAAGUCACUUUGUGUCAACAAGAGACUGACUCCUCUGACUAUCAAUUGCAAGUUAAAACUACCGACCACAAUAAAUAUCGCUUCUUACCUUUAUUUAUGUGGCAACAUAGGACCCUUAGAACUUCACACAGUAUGUAUUUUUCCAAUGUAUUUGUUAUCAUUCGUAGCGUUGAUCAGCAGAGAUAGGCUAUAGGUUGCCAAAGUCGUUGACGUCGCUUAGCAACUGAAUAAGCUGGGGUUGAUAAAUUACCAGACUGGGAGUGAUACAGAUGACGUGAAUCCGAGGCAAAAAGAAGCACUUUCAGUCAAAAUGACUCAGGCAAACUUCACCCAAAACGUUGCCAGACUCGCCUUGCACUGGUUUCACCCAGGGAUAGAUAGUUUCCCAUUCGUUAUUGUAGCUACAUUUCCUCUUCUUAAGGUGCGGCCACACUGAAUGCGUUACGCGCGUUACUGUGCGUUCACACCAAACGCGACGGGGCAACAGGAUUCCAUACAAAGUCAACGUAUCCCGUAUCGGGCGAAUUUUUCGCGCGAGAAAAACGGCGACAAGUUUCGCCGUGCACAGGCGAGCGCGUUCACGAGGAUUUGUGGUGCGACAAAUCCGCUCGAGUUGAAAUAUUUCAACUUUGAUGCUGUGACUUUAGUGUACGAAUUCAAAUUCUGCAGUUACAGGUGCUAAAGAAUUUUGCUACAAUAAUACCUUAGAAAGAAGAACGAGGACGCAGUGUUGUAGUCAAAGUCCAAAGUUGUAAUGGCUGAGGAGACGGCAAGCACACUAUUCCCCCUACAGGCUGAACGAGGCAAAACAAAAGCAAUCUAACACA